UCUAUUUGAGAGCUUUGAGGAGCUUUUUUCAGUUUUCUACUUUACUCGGCACAAACCCAGUUUUUUUCUGUCUCAAAUGAACUGGAGGUUAAAUAUUCAAGGAUUGUAACAUCAGGAUGGACUUCUCAGAUGAAUCCACUCUCGUUGCUGCCAUAUUUUUGUCCACGUCACCACCAAACUCUUCUGCAGAGAGUGUCAACCAGACAACUUCUUCCUUGUCCAGAUUCCCCUCUUUUCCUCCUCACUCACAAGUUGCAUCGGUGUUCAUUGUGCUGGUGGUCACAGUCAUUAUCCUGGGGACUGUGGUGGGAAACGUGUUGGUGGUGGUGGCCGUGUUCACCAGCCGAGCCUUGAGGGCACCUCAGAACCUCUUCCUGGUGUCUCUGGCUUCAGCCGACAUCCUGGUGGCCACGCUUGUCAUCCCCUUCUCUUUGGCCAAUGAGGUUAUGGGGUACUGGUACUUUGGCUCUACCUGGUGCUCCUUCUACCUGGCUCUGGACGUCCUCUUCUGCACGUCCUCCAUCGUCCACCUCUGUGCCAUCAGCCUCGACCGCUACUGGUCCGUCACUAAAGCCGUUAGCUACAACCGCAAACGAACUCCUAAACGAAUCAAAGUGAUGAUCAGCAUAGUGUGGCUCAUCUCCAUCGUCAUCUCAUCCCCACCGCUCCUCAUGACCCACAAAGACAACAAUUUUACAGAAGAGGAUGGGAACGAAACUACCCAGCAUGAGUGUCUGAUCAACAACCAGACCUGGUACAUCCUUUCAUCCUGCAUGGUGUCCUUUUUCGCCCCGGGAGUCAUUAUGAUUCUUGUUUACUGUAAGAUAUACCGGGUUGCCAAGCAGCGAGCCUCCACCGUAUUUGUGGCAAAGAACAUCAUGGAGCGGCAACCAUCCCAGUCUGAGACCUGCUUUGUGGGGGCUGUCACUACGGGCCAAAGGAAAGCCAAGGCCCAGUACAAACUGGACACCCCGAGGCCUGAAAACCGACACUGCUCCUCCAACCUCGACAGCAACAGCAGCAGUCAGAGGCGAGGAGAGCUGGAUGAUAUCGACCUGGAGGAUCGAAGCUGCGAAGCUGACAUCAAAACAUCUUUUUCCUCAUCCCUCCAGUUCCCCCAGAAAGGUGGAGGAAGGGUGAAAACAGAGGAGGUGAAGGACGCUGAGGGAACAGGCAACAAAUUGAAACCCCCUCUUCCUCCGCCUUCUUGUGCCUCCAUAUCGUGGGCCUCCUCCGACCAGUAUUCCCAGCACUUCCUCCUCCCGUCUCCGCUGCCUGUUCGCAGCAGGCAGAUGUCUCUGUCCAAAAACAAAGUGGCUCAGAUGAGGGAGAAGCGUUUCACCUUUGUCUUGGCUGUGGUGAUGGGGGUUUUCGUCCUCUGCUGGUUCCCUUUCUUCUUCACUUACAGCCUGCAUGCGAUCUGCAGAGAGAACUGCAUCAUCCCAGAAACGCUCUUCAACCUGUUUUUCUGGAUCGGAUACUGCAACAGCUGCUUGAACCCCAUCAUCUACACCAUUUUCAACAGAGACUUCAGGAGGGCCUUCAAGAAGAUUUUGUUUCAUUCCCAUAAAAGGACGUAGGAUGAGAACAUAU